GUCCGUUGUCCAUUAGCUAGUUUUGCUAGUUUAACUUGUAGGGAUGAAGAACAAACAAACCAGAAGAAAACUACUAGGCAGGAGAAUGAUCUAAUGGCUAGCAAACUUGCCAAAGGAGAUGGAAUCACUCUAUCUAUUGAGGUUAACCCCAGCCGAGAUGAUCAGCCCGAGGUCCGAGAGGGCAGGGGUAUCCAGGAGAAGAGCCCAUCUACGUGGCAUGGCUUCAGGCAGAAGAUUCGCUUUCUGGUGCCCUACCUCUGGCCCCGGGGAAGUGCCUUGCUGCAGGGGUUGGUGAUGCUCUGCCUGGCCCUGCUAGCCACUGAGAGACUCAUCAAUGUGUUUGUACCCAUCUACUCCAAGAACAUAGUAAAUGAGUUGACUUCAGGGAGCAGCUGGAGCUCAUUGGCCACAACGGUGUGUGUUUACACUCUGCUGAAGUUCCUGCAGGGCGGAGGGGCAGGCGCGUCAGGGUUCGUCAGCAACCUGCGCUCCUUCCUGUGGGUGCGGGUGCAGCAGUACACCAGCAGGGUGGUCCAGGUGCGCCUGUUUGCCCACCUGCAUGGCCUGUCGCUGCGCUGGCACCUGGAGCGCCACACCGGAGACGUCCUAAGGAGCGUGGACCGCGGCACGUCCUCCAUCAACAACUUGCUCAGCUAUAUCCUUUUCAGUAUCCUGCCCACCAUUGCUGACAUCAUCAUUGCCAUCAUCUACUUUGUUUCUUACUUCAGUGUGUGGUUUGGUCUGAUCGUCCUCAUCUGCAUGGUGCUCUACCUCACCUGCACCAUCUUGAUCACGGAGUGGAGGACCAAGUACAGGCGCGCCAUGAACACCCAGGAUAACGCCGCCAAGUCCAAGGCUGUCGACUCUCUGCUCAACUUUGAGACAGUGAAAUAUUACAAUGCAGAGAACUAUGAAGUGUGUUGCUUUGAGGAGGCUAUUCUCAAGUACCAGGAGAGUGAAUGGAAGACCAAUGCUUCCCUUGCCCUGCUUAACCAGACCCAGAACCUGAUCAUUGGCUGUGGUCUUCUGGCAGGCUCCCUGCUCUGUGCCCACCUGGUAUCCCAGAAGACCUUUCAGGUGGGAGACUACGUCCUCUUUGGAACCUACAUCAUUCAGCUGUACACUCCCCUCAACUGGUUUGGGACUUAUUACAGACUGAUCCAGAGUUCCUUUAUUGACAUGGAGAACAUGUUCAAGCUCCUAACAGAGGAGAAGGAGGUGAAGGACGAUGAAGACGCUGCAGAGUUGGUGCUGACCUCCGGCCAGGUGGAAUUCGACAGAGUGUGUUUCGGCUACUCUGAAGGGAGUCUGAUUCUCCAUGACGUCUCCUUCACUGUUCUGCCUGGUCAGACUCUGGCUCUGGUUGGCCAGUCAGGGUCGGGUAAAAGCACUAUCCUUCGUCUGCUCUUUCGCUUCUACGACCUUCAGGCAGGAAGUAUCCACAUCGAUGGUCAGGACAUCUCUAAGGUGAGCCAGUCGUCUCUUCGCUCCUACAUCGGCGUGGUUCCUCAGGACACGGUUCUCUUCAAUGACACCAUCGGCAACAACAUACGCUACGGACGCGUCACCGCAAGCAAACAGGAAGUGGAGGACGCGGCCCUCGCCGCUGACAUCCACGACAAGAUCCUGACUCUGCCUGAGGGCUACGAAACUCAGGUGGGGGAGAGAGGUCUGAAGCUGAGCGGGGGGGAGAAACAGAGAGUGGCGAUCGCCCGCACCAUCCUCAAAGACCCCCGGAUCAUCCUUCUGGACGAGGCCACCUCCGCCCUGGACACCCAGACGGAGCGCAACAUCCAGGCUUCUCUGGCCACCGUGUGCUCCAACCGGACCACCAUCGUGGUGGCUCACAGAUUGUCUACCAUUGUCGGCUGUGACCAGAUCCUGGUAGUGGAUGAGGGCCGUAUUGCAGAGAGAGGGAGACAUGAGGAGCUGCUGGCCCACGGAGGGUUGUAUGCAGCCAUGUGGCUGAAGCAACAGAACUCAGAGACAGACACACAAACUGACCAGAGAUGACCCCAGCCAUGCCCUCAAGCUUCUUGUACAUAUCUUCAAACUGUGUUUUAAGGCACAUCUCCAUGUGUAAAAAGGCACAGAUCCCAAAUCAUCACUGUGUCACUGUUUAAUUUAUCACAAUAUCGUCCAGUUCUGAAACACUUACAUGGUCAACCAUCAUUAAAGUACGUGGCAAUAAAUACAAACAUACCUACUGUAUGUACAAAAGUUAAUUUAUUUCCCA